AGUCCUCACGCAACAGGAACCGGAAGUGGGAACCGGUUUCCUGGUUGCCUCUUAGCAACGCAAUUGUCAAGUGACCCCGUCAGCUGACUCCCUUGGAGGCGGGCACUCGGGUAACCGGUUCUGGAGGUGUUGCGGUCCCGAUUGUCUCGCCCCGAGUCACCGUCAGGAUGUCGGGCAAAGACCGGAUUGAAAUCUUUCCUUCGCGAAUGGCACAGACCAUCAUGAAGGCUCGAUUAAAAGGAGCACAGACUGGUCGAAACCUCCUGAAGAAAAAGUCUGAUGCCUUAACUCUUCGAUUUCGACAGAUCCUGAAGAAGAUAAUAGAGACUAAAAUGCUGAUGGGUGAAGUGAUGAGAGAAGCUGCCUUCUCAUUGGCUGAGGCCAAAUUCACAGCAGGGGACUUCAGCACCACAGUUAUCCAAAAUGUGAAUAAAGCCCAAGUGAAGAUCAGAGCAAAGAAAGACAAUGUAGCAGGUGUUACCUUGCCAGUGUUUGAACAUUACCACGAAGGAACUGACAGCUAUGAACUGACCGGUUUAGCCAGAGGUGGGGAGCAGCUGGCUAAACUAAAGCGGAAUUAUGCCAAAGCAGUGGAACUACUGGUGGAACUGGCUUCCCUGCAGACUUCCUUUGUUACCCUGGAUGAAGCCAUUAAAAUCACCAACAGGCGUGUUAAUGCCAUUGAGCAUGUCAUUAUUCCCCGGAUUGAACGCACCCUUGCCUAUAUCAUCACAGAACUGGAUGAGAGAGAGCGAGAAGAAUUCUAUAGGUUAAAGAAAAUACAGGAGAAGAAAAAGAUUAUCAAGGAAAAAUUUGAGAAGGACUUGGAGCGGCGGAGAGCAGCUGGAGAGGUGAUGGAGCCUGCCAACCUGCUGGCUGAAGAGAAGGAUGAGGACCUGCUGUUCGAAUAGCUGCCCUCUUCUGCUCCCUUCAGACUGAACAUCAGCUCCAUUUUAACUCAGUGUGUAGGUUCGGUAUGUGUGGAUAUUUAUUUUGGCAUAUGAAUUUCUCUGGCUGUAAGAUUUAUCAGAAUGCCUUGUAAGACUUUUUCCUGCAUCAUAAUUCAGCAACCUGAGAUUUGCAAAACCUGCCCAGCAACCUACAGAAUUUCCUCUGUGGAAAGUGUCAUAUUAUUCUAUUUACAAUUGUUUGACCGAUCUGUUUAAAACUUUAGGAAAUAUGUACAAUAAACAUUCAUGGUCUUAGGCAAAGGCUGUGAGCAACCUUCCUUCCUACCCACUUGGAAACCUUGCCGCUGUUGUCCGAGGCUGUAAAGCCAUUGUGUUCCUAUGGCUCAAUUCUUCACCUAUUUUUCUUUGCACGAUAUGUGUUUGUAAUGGAAGCAGUUCUGCCCAUUUAAAUGUGACCUAUGAGCAGAGUAAAAUGAUUUUAAAAACA